AUGAAGAGAGGAGCUUUGAUUGUUAUUGAAGGACUUGAUCGAACAGGGAAAUCUACGCAAUGCAAAGCAUUAGUGGAAGGCCUGCUGCAGAAGCAAAUAAAAGCAGAGUACACCAAUUUUCCGGCAAGACAAACAGAGAUUGGGAAAGUUAUCAAUAACUAUCUUAUGUCCAAGAAAGAGCUGUCAGACGAAGCCAUCCACCUGCUGUUCUCAGCCAACCGCUGGGAGAGAGCCGGUGAGAUCAUCAAGACCCUGGAGGCAGGCACCAGCGUCAUUGUAGAUCGGUAUUGUUACUCGGGGGUGGCAUUUUCAGCUGCCAAAGGUCUCGACAUUAACUUCUGCAAAGCCCCCGACAUGGGCCUGCCCAAGCCAGACCGGGUUUUCUUCCUAACCAUGCCCAUAGAGAGCAUAGAGCAGAGAAAUGGCUUCGGAAAUGAAAGGUACGAGGUUUUAAGCUUCCAAAAAAAGGUGGCAGAAAUGUAUCACCAGCUAAAAGAAGAUGACUGGGAGGUGUUAGAUGCAAGAAGAUCUAUAGAAGAAAUUCAAAAGGAGAUUCUGGAGAAAGCGUUGCAAGUGGUAAAGAAAGCUGCCGACCAGCCUAUAGGCAAGGUGUGGAUUCAAUCCUGAUGUGAUUAGUUAGUAGAUUUAAUAUUAGAUAGGCU